AUGGAGUAUCGACUAUACAAACGAAGAUGGAUAGGUUUGAUCGCAUUGGUGAUGUUGAAUUUAGCGGCGGCGAUGAACUGGUUAUGGUUUUCUCCUAUUGCCAAUUCCACUGUCGCGCAAUGGAAUCUGUCAUACGAUAACGUAAACUGGCUCGCCAAUUCGGUCAACUUAAUUUAUUUGCCCAUCUCGUUGGCCGUCCCAAUAAGUGUGGAACAUUUUGGUCUGCAACCGACAUGUGCAUUCGGCGCAUUUAUGACCCUCGCCAGCGCCUGGGUGCGGUACGCAGCCGCGAAAGGCAGCCAUAAUGCGACCACAACCUUCGCAGUUUUCAUGGUCUCGUCUGUCCUGAAUGGGAUCGGACAACCGAUCUUCCAGGUCCUUGCGCCCAAAUAUUCCGAGCGGUGGUUUGACCUGAGAGAACGGACAACCGCAACCAUGCUGAUUGCUGUUUCCAACCCCAUUGGAGCUGCAUUAGCUCAGUUGAUCGCACCCGCUGUUGGCUCAAAUGAUAUUCUUGUCCUCGCGAUCAUCACUUCUGUAUUGACGGUGCCUGCCGCGUUCUGUGUGCUCGAACGCCCUCCGACUCCCCCAACAUUCGCCGCCUCCACCGAAACUCCCAGCAUGUUCGAAACACUGCGCGACGUGCUCUUCCCAGGCAAAGGUCGGCCGGGAAAGUUCGUCAUGACUCGAAGGCAGCGGUGGGAUUUCGUCAUCCUCACCAUAGCGUUCGGGAAUCUGGUCGGGGCGUUCACCGCCAUGUCUGUCCUCCUGAACCAAUUCAUGGUGCCCUACGGGUACUCGGCCGAUACGGCCGGCUUCGUGGGCGCUGCUUUUUUGUUGUCGGGGAUCGUCGCGGCAUGCGUGACGGCUCCAAUUUACGACCGAUACCUCACGCAUCACCUGGCCAUGUCGGCCAAAUUCUUCGUUUCUGCACUCGGCAUAGUUUACAUCACACUAAUAUGGGGCAUCAAAGCCAACGACCUGGCUGGGAUUUAUACGCAAUUCGUUCUAAUUGGUAUCUGUUCUUUCAUCCUCCUUCCCGUGGCGCUCGAACUCGGUUGCGAAGUGUCGAGAAACGCCGAAACAUCUUCCGCUAUAUUCUGGUGCUCUGCUAACCUGAUGUCGGUCAUCUACAUCCUCGUUGAAGGUGCCCUUCGAGCACCUGCAGACGCAGACCCACCGUUCAACAUGCACCGGUCCAUCAUAUUCCAAUCAAUUAUCGUCCUGAUCCUAUGUGUGAUCAUCUUCGGAUUGGAGGGCCGGCAAGCACGGCGGGAGAUGGACACGGAGAAAGCUGCCGAGGCGGGGCGCGACAGCAGGUUGGGCGACCAGCCACAGCCGAUCAGGGGCGAAGUCGGUGAAAGUAGCGUCCACGGUCUAGCGCUCACUGAAGUGGACAGUAGAAAACAUCUCACGGCUAUGGAGGGGUCGAUGGAAGAUUACGCAGAGGCGCCACCAACGCGUUCCCGUAGUGGAAGUCGAGAGCAAUUUCCCGUUUGA